CGCACACUGCACUGCCCCUCACUCACUCAGAAACAUGGCGCUACGGGAGCUAUCGUCGCUGGAGAAAUAUUUAGGAUUAAAAAAGCCAAACAAGUACAGUACACAGGGAGAUAAAAAGGUUCCUGUGUUACAGAACAAUAAUGGACCUCCACUGGUGGGGCUGGUGACCAUCGCCUGUCACCUGGUCAACGAAGCCAAACGCCCAGAGCUGCUGGGUGAUUCUGCAGAGAGCCGGGCGGUGGUGCAGCAGUGGCUGGAGCACAGAGUCACAAAGCUAGAUGCCUACACAAAGGAUGACAUCAAAGUCAUUUUAAAGGAUCUCAACCUCUACCUGGAAGACAAGGUCUUCCUGGCUGGAAACCAGUUCACCUUAGCUGAUGUUUUCAUCUACUUUGGGAUCCAUCCUCUCAUAGUGGAAAUGACAGUCCAGGAGAAGGAGCAGUAUUUGAACGUGACACGAUGGUUCGAUCAUAUUCAGCACCAUCCCGGUGUCCGACACCACCUCCCUCCUGUAGUUGUUCUGAGGAACAGAAUUUACACUGGCAGGCACCACUGAGAGCUGACCCAACCCAGCCGUACCAAGCCUGAAUCACCACAAGUUCGACUGUCAUCAACAUCACUUCGAGGAUAGCUCCUAACUCUGUUUUUGUUGUUUUUAAAGAUCAUGAUUCCUGCCUUAAUGUUUGGUCCUUUUCCUUAACUCCUCCUCUUUGCUCUUUGGGUUUGAAGAAAGUUCAUGUUUCCACUUGGAAAAUCAGUAACGUCAUGAAAGGUCUUAAUCUAAUUUAAGUGUUGAAGAUACUGAGGCUUCAUUGAGGGGAAUGGUUGCUAAUAAAAGUUGAGUUCAGUUUA